CGACAAUGGAGCGGCUCCUCAGAUCGUUGAUGGUGGUGAAGCGAAUGGACCUAGGGAGGGAGUUGUAGCACCUGAACAUGUGAACUUGGAUAUUUCCACUAUGCGUAGAUCCGCUAGACCGCCACUGGCAGAGUCUCAGCAACAUCAAGGUCUGAGUAGCAACAUGGCUGGAGGGGGCCAGAUGAAUUCUUCCACAGCGCACUCCCUCUCCGAAAACAUCUUUCAUCGAAGCCGAGCUAAUGGCGCAUUUAGGAGCGACGACGCUUCGGGGCUUACGGCCGGCUUCCAGAACACUUUUGUGUCCGCCUCAACGUCCUUGGUCAUUCCCGAUGCCAUACGUGAGCGCUGGACUUUGCAGUCUAAUAGCGCUCAUCAGGACCCACGACUAGUGGUAAUAGAGGACCACGCCAAGGCGAACAAUAUGACUACGAUUGCAGCCGGAGACGGAAAGCAAAUGCUAGGCGUUGCUACCAGUUCUGCUACAGCAACC